AUGGAAGAAGGAAAGUUUUUGGGUUUCAUAGUUACAAAAGACGGUUUUAAGGUUAAUCCAGAGAAGGUGCAGACCAUUCAGCUAAUGCCAUCACCGGCAACAGUCAAGGAGAUGCAAAGGCUCGCCGGGCGACUGGCAGCUCUGAAUAGAUUUUUGGCUAAUCAUGCGGCAAAAUCUUAUCCAUUUAUCAGUACGCUGCGAAACUGCGGAAAGAAAACUCCUUUUCAAUGGACACCUGAAGCAGAAGCAGCAUUCAAACAAAUGAAAGAAUAUUUAAUCCAGUUACUAACACUGACUGCGCCAAAAGAAAAAGAACCAUUAAUCUUAUAUCUGUCAGCCGCGGAGGUAGCAGUAGGCGCAGUAUUAAUGGUAGAGCGGGAAAAUAUCCAGACUCCAAUCUACUACAUCAGCAAAAUGCUCACCGGCCCUGAAACUCGUUACUCAAUGAUAGAAAAACUGGUUCUAGCGCUAGUACACGCAUCCAGACGUUUGCGCAGACCAGCAAUCAAAGGGCAAGUCCUAGCAGACUUCGCCACUGAAGUUCCCGUUGAUAAAGUACAAGAAUGUGAGGCAAUCCAGAACCCGACGCCUGUUUUUGACGACAGAGUCUGGACCUUACACACCGAUGGUGCUUCCAAUGACGACGGAGCAGGAGCAGGUCUCCGAUUAGUCAGCCCGGAUAAUCACGAACUCACAUAUGCUAUCCGUUUAGAUUUCCAAAGUACCAACAAUGAAGCAGAAUACGAAGCAUUUUUAGCAGGUCUUCGUCUAGCACUCAAGAUGGGGGCAAAAAACCUUGAAGCCAACGUCGACUCAAAACUAGUAGCUGAACAAGUUAACCGUCGUUAUGACGCAAAGGGCGAAGCUAUGGCGUUGUACCUUGAACAAGCACGGAUGUUAAUCAAUCAAUUUCAGACAUUCAAAGUCAAUCACAUAAACAGAAGCGAGAACAAACAUGCUGACGCGCUAAGCAAGUUAGCUGCUACCAGCUUUAAACACUUAGCAAAGGAAGUGCGCAUAGAGGUACUAUCCAAUCCUUCCAUUCACCUGAAACAAGUAAGUGUCAUAGAGAUGGGAAAUCCGUCCUGGAUGUCUCCAAUUAUUUUGUACCUUCAACACGGAAAACUCCCGGAAGGAAAGGCAGAAGCCCGAAAAAUACAACACAAGGCAAUAAACUACGAGAUGGCGGAUGGCAUCCUUUAUCGGAAAUCAUUCAUGGGUCCAUUACUACGUUGUGUCGAUAAAACGGACGCUCAAUAUCUGGUCAGAGAAAUCCAUGAGGGAUUAUGCGGGAUACACGCAGGACCGCGCAUGGUCGUGGCAAAAAUAAUGAGCGCCGGAUACUACUGGCCAGGAAUGCACAUGGACGCAGUUGAUCUAUUACGAAGAUGCGAGGCAUGUCAACGCCAUGCACCAAAGACACUUCGACCCAAAAAUCCGCUAAUUCCCGUUACUUCCGCAUGGCCAUUCCAACAGUGGGGCAUCGAUCUCGUUGGCCCAUUUCCCGAUGCGCCAGGUGCAAUUCGGGUUACUAUUGCGCAUUAUUUCUGA